AUAUACAUUCGAGCAAUGUAAUCAUGUUGCACGUCAACAAAAUGAAUGUCAAGUCAAAAGUCAAUAUCUAUUGUAAAAGAAGAGAGAAGGGCAGCUAAAAUUCGACUCGUCUCGGCGAAUUCAUGUUUUCAUGUGGAGAAAAAAAAUAUAUUUUGUAAUAUGAAUUUACGAACAUUAACCGUUUUUAUUGCAACGUGUCAUUUUGCAAGAGGGUGAGAUGUGAUGUACAAAAUGAUGCUGUUUGAUUUUACGAAUGCACAAAGCGUGGAUGAUUGGCGGGAAGUGUCCGACACCGUGAGAACAGUAGGAAAAUCCAAGGCUGUCUUAACAUUGCAAACAAGCCAGCUCUUCCAGAGAGCAGUCUUCUUCACACUGCUGAAUCCACAACCGAAUGGUGCCUGUUUCGCUGGAGUCAGAAAGGCUACAAAUCUGGAUCUGUCGACAUUCAAAAAUAUCGAUAUCGUUUGUAGAGGACAAGGGGAAAAUAGCCACUACAAGAUAUGCUUGAGACAUCGAGGACAGAAUUCCAACCAGGAUCUCAGCUAUGAACAAUUUUUCACGGUGUCAAUGUUGAAUGAAGAAUUUUCUAAUGUGACAUUACCUCUGAAAGACUUCAAACCUUAUUAUCGUGGACGUGAAAUUCCAGAUGCUGAAUCUCUGGACACAGCGGCUAUUACUAUGUUUGAAUUUCAAAUUUAUGGAGGCGUUUAUGAUCCUUUUCUUAAACAACAUGGAGUGUCAGCAUUAGAAAUAGAAACUGUGGCCGUUUCUUCAUAAUAAUAAUUUUCUAUCUUCUAAUUAUAAUAAAAUGUAAUAAUAAAAACAGAAUGUAUAUUAAAUAACCAUUUUAUGUAUACAUACUUAGAUACUAUGAAUGUUAACUCAUGAAAAUGAAUGAAGCAAGAUUUGCUUCAUGAUGCAAAAAA